AUGUCUAACGCGGAUAAUUGUGUUCGGUGUAAGAAACCUGUGAGAAAAUGCCAGCAAGGUUGCAAUGUGACAGCUGUGGAAGGACACAUCCCGAAAGACUUCUUUAGGGCAGAUAUUCAUGUGCGCAAAAGAAGACAUCUCAUAUUUGCUUCAAAUGACCAGCUGGCACACCUAUCCCAAGCCAAGCAAUGGUAUGAUGGCACAUUUAAGUUGUGCCAUCAUCCCUUUUCGCAGCUGUUCACAAUAAAUGCAUUUGUUCGUCAAGAUGACAAUGUGAAGCAGGUGCGUACAUAUUUAUUUAAAUCCAAAUUUAUUUAUCCCCUUUAAUGAUUUACAUGAAAAUUAAAUUGCUAUAUAGGUCUAGGAAAACUGAUUCUAAGGAAACUGAUUCUAGGAAACUUUUGUCAAACAUUCACCUACAGUGCGCUUCCAGGAAAACAAAUUGCUAUAUAGGUCUAGGAAAACUGAUUCUAAGGAAACUGAUUCUAGGAAACUCAGUUCCAAGGUGAUAUUGAUAAUAAUAUCACCUUAGAAUCAGUUUACAUAUGGCGACAGUGCCAUUAAUAAAGGGUUGAGUGAAUGUAGUGGGAAUGGGGUUAGCAUAAGUAAAUAAAGUAGGACGUAGCACUGGGAAAAAUGGGAAAUCCAUACUAUGAAAUUUACAAUAGACUUUUCUGGUAAUUACGUGCCAGUGAGAAAAAAACUUGAACUCCAUUCCAUUUAGGUGUGAUUUAAGGUGGACUUACCGGAAAGGUCUAUUGCACUACUAAAUCCAUAGUAUAUUCAUACUAUUUCGACACGGUACAAUUAUUAUGGAUAAUCAAAAUCCAUUCUAUUUCCAAUAAAGGUCCACACAAUUUCCAUUCUAUGGCCUUCUAUGGAUUUAAAAAAAAUUUUCCAGUGUAGUUGUUGCAUAUAGAAGUACUGUAUUAAAGUACUAAAGUUUAAAUUAUAAUGCAUUAUACACUGAGGUUCUGUUGGUGUUUGUCCUUAUGUCUGCUGCAAGAAAUCAGACUACAUUAGCGUCUUAAGAAAAAUGCUUGAGAUUAUCCCAACACAGAGCAUUCAACGAGUCACCGUCGAUUUCGAGCAAGCCCUUUGGCGUGCCUUUCGCAAAGAGAUGCCCAACAUUGAGGUUAAAGGUUGCACAUUCCAUUGGACGCAAGCAGUAUGGAGAAAGGUGCAGCUGCUUGCAGACUGCAUAUACUGAUGACAAAGCAAACAGUUUUGUAAGGAGGCUCAUGGCGCUGCCUUUUCUACCCCAUGAAACCAUCAAGGUGAUGUUUGAAAAGUUGGCUGAAUUAGCAACCACUCCUGCACUUAGUUUUGUAUGUUCAAAACACCUGGAUUGAAAAUGAGAUCUGGUCGCCUAGCACUUGGAGUGUAUUCAUGUUCUCUGUGGGAACAAAUAAUGAUGUAGAGGGUUGGCAUCAUGGUCUUCACCACAGAGCAAAUGGACAGUGUGGACUACCAAUGUAUAUACUGAUCAACUUGUUGCACGAAGAAGCCCACUUGACCUCCACCCGAAUUCGCCUUGUUUCUGAACGAAACUUUAAAAAAAAUUCAACGAAAGAAAUAUCGAUUGGUUCAGGCCAGGCUUUUUCAAUUAUGGGAUGCUUUCAACAACCUGCAGAAAAGCAAUUGCUGAAAGCUGCAAUCUAUUUGAAUCGCCCAACCAUCAGUAGGUUAAGGCAUAAUUAAUUAGGCACGCGAUAAACACAUAAGCAAGAUAGCAGGAAUGAACACAUGCUUAUAUAAUUCUAGUAUUAUUUGUAUCUAUUUAAUCAUCUCUAUAAGCACUGAUAUAAAUUAUUGUAUUAUCUGUAUUUGUAAAUUUGUAUUUAUUUAAAUCAUAAUUAUAAUGAUGAAAAUCAAAAUUGUCAACAUGCUUUAUACACGAGCCCGUGUCACAGUGAUAUGAGUUUCCCCAUCUUUUGUGUAUCCCCAUGCUCACCUCACUAGGGAUAUGUGUAUCCCCAUGCUCACCUCACUAGGGAUAUGUGUAUCCCCAUGCUCACCUCACUAGGGAUAUGUGUAUCCCCAGCAAUAUGGCGGUUGUGUUCUGCAUAUCCCUAAAGAACCACCCUACAUUCCCACAUCACUAACAUUUCGCGGGAAACAACAUUGGCGGGAAACUUCCUUUGCUCACAAUGGAUGCAAUUAAAUAUGGUAAUCUACUGGGAUAUGUGAAAAACCAAGUGUAUCCGUCGAAUUUUACAAAGCAAGAAAAAGCGAUAUUGCGCAGUUUGUGAAAAAAUUUGAAGUUGACACCAAUUCAAACUUGUUUUAUCUUGAUAAAACAAAAGAAGGGACAUUAAAUAUAAGACUUGUCAUUCGAGAAGAUGAUGUCAUUCUGCUCCUGGAAGGGAUAAUAUGAUAAACAAGAUUUGAAAGCGCUAUUACUGGCCAGAUUACUAUAAAGAAACAGUUGAAAUGGUGAGUACAUAGAAACAGCAGCAUUAUUCUUUAUUCAAUAACAAUAAAAACGCCAGUUGGGCUUAAUAAAAGUUCCUGUUAUUGCUCAAUCGAGCUGAAAGCUGCUACAACAACCAAGGUUCAAAAUGUUGACAUAUGUGUAAAUUACUAGCCUAUUAUAGAGCAUUUGUAAUGGUAGUAUGAUUCUACUAAUAUUAUAAAGAUAAAUCAUAAUCAACAUAAAUAUUUAAAAAUUUGCAUGUUUACAAAUAUGAGGGGUCAUGACUGCCAAAAUCCUGUUUCAAAUUCGGAUGUGGUGAACCUAAAUUCUGUUGUUCCAAAUUGUUGUUUUAUUAGAACAGAAUUUAAACGUGCACAACAAAAUUUGCAUCUCCAGGACAGAAUUUAGAAAUACGCAACAUAAUUUUAAACAAAACAAAAUUUAGAACAACGCAAUAGAAUUUGAAACAACAGAACACAAUUUAACUAAACAUUAAAGGAUUUGAAAUAGCACUACAUAAUUUAAAACAUAAUUCAAAACAAUAGAAUAGAAUUCAUGGAAUAUUCUCAAAUUCGAUCUGCAAUCUCAACUUCGGUUCUGCAAUCUCAAAUUCGGUUCUGCAAUCCCAAAUUCGGUUCCAACUUCCAAAUCGCCGGAAGUGCAGGAACUAAUAAACUAAUUUAUGAUAAUUUAUAAACUGAAAGUUGAAAUAAUUUUUGCAACUUACAUAAUACACUUUGCAAUAUUUUUUAUGUUUAACAUGGCAUCCAAUUCAGAACUUAUAGAAGAAGUUAGAAGUUAUAUUGUAGAUAUUGAACAGCAUUUAGCAAGAGGAAACCAGGAUGAUGUCAGUUACGACUAUAUUUUGUUCAGAUUGGAUAUUUGUUCAGAUUGGAUAUAUUCUGUUCAGAUUGGAUAUCAACCUUUUGGUACAAUAUACUUCAGAUAUCAACCUUUUGGUACAAUAUACUUCAGAUGAACAAAACACAGAGAGAAAUGUGUUUGAGAGAGUUAUUACUCUUCUUCGAGAGGUGAAGGACAUACUUUCCCGCGAGAAUUCCGUUUCCAAUGCGUAUUGCGUGGAUAGAAUCUUCACUGGGGUGCAUGGAAGGCCUAGGUGUGACAUCCAGAGAGAACAUUUAGAAUUCCUUGUUGAACAGGGGUUUACCUCUCCUGCUAUUGCUAAUAUACUCGGAGUGAGUUUGCGAACUAUUGAGAGGAGACAACAUGAAUUCGGUAUAAGAUUGAGGUCAGCAUACAAUCAGAUAUCUAAUGAAAAUUUGGGUGGCAUUAUAGAAAAUAUCUUAUGUGAUUUUCCCGAAACUGGAUACAAGAGAAUGACCGGAUUUCUCAAAACAAGGGGGAUAAUCGUUCAACAGAAUCGAAUAUGUGAAGCAAUGAGAAGAGUGAAUCCAGAGGGAACAAUGAUGCGUGCUCUACGAUUACAUGUCUCUCAUAGGAGAAGUUAUGAAGUCCCAUGUCCACUUGCACUUUGGCAUAUAGACGGCAACCAUAAAUUAAUCAGGUAUUAACCCUUGAUAGUAUAACUUUUAUUUAUUGUUUAUUGAAAAUAAUUCAAGAGUUUUGAUUGGUUAAGAGCUGUCGGUGAAAUCGUCAUAUCCGCUCGAUCAUUUUCAGCAGCUUCUUGAGUCCGGAAUAUUUACAAAUAAAUAAUAAAGCAAUUAUUGAAUUUGGUUCUCACAGGAUAUGAGGAGUUAUUAAGGCCUUGGUUUAUGUUAUCUGCCUCAGCCUUCGCAGAUAACACAAACCUCGGCCUUAAUAAUUCCUCAUAUCCUGCUCGACCUCAUUCAAUAAUUGUUUAAAGUACUUACUGUGGUACAUUUAUUACACUCCGGUAAUAUAUAAAAAAAAAAAUUUCCAGAUGGCGUUUUGUUAUCCACGGUGGUAUUGACGGAUAUUCUAGAAUAAUUGUUUACCUCCAAUGCUUAACAAACAAUACAGCAUUAACAGUAUUGAAAUUGUUUGAAGAUGCCGUUCAGAAAUAUGGUCUACCAUCCCGUGUCAGGUCGGAUAAGGGGGGCGAGAACGCUAAAGUUGUAUAUGGUAUAUGUUACAGCAUCCAUUGCAUGGCCCAGACAGAGGAAGUCACAUUGCUGGGCAUAGCGUACACAACCAGAGGAUCAAACGACUAUGGCGCGAUCUAUUUAUGGGAUGUACCUUUGUCUUUUAUAACCAUUUUAUCAAAUGGAGAAUUCUGGAAUACUUGACAGUGCAAAUGAGAUACACAUUUUUACAUUACACUAUGUGUUUCUUCCAAGGAUAGAUCAUAAUCUUAAGAUGUUCCAGGAGGCAUAUAAUGCAGCUGUAUUAAGUACUGAGAGAGGUAAUCCUCCAACGCAGCUCUGGAGAUGUGGACUGUUAGAAGUAACCAAUUCUGAUAGAAGAGUGGCUCAAGAGUUUAGCAAUUUUGAGGUAUAUACAUCUUUUACACAUUAUAUAAUGGAAAUAACUAGAUAAUUAUUAAACAUAUUUUUCUUAUUUUUUAAAGGCUGGUCAUCUAUAUGGCAUCGAUUAUGAUGGACCUCAUCCAAACAAAGAAUUUGAUGGUUCAGAUUCUUAUGAUGAAAUAGCAUCAGUGGUGGUUCCACAAACGGAAGUACCGUUAUCAUACUUGGUUUUAUCAAGAGUUGACCCAAACUGUAAAUCCAGUAAGGGUUUCAGAUGUUUAUGGGGUUGA